CCAGUCCGGAAGUCCCGCCCUCCCUCUCUUGGCCCAGAGCUAGCUCAGUCCGGGCCUGGGGCUGGGCCCGCUGCCGCCGCCGCCGCUAUGGGGGGGAAGAACAAGCAGCGAACCAAGGGCAACGUGCGCCCUUCUAGCAGUGGUCAAGCCGCAGAGCUUCUUGCCAAAGAACGUGGGACGGUGCCUGGGUUUAUUGGCUUUGGAACAUCUCAGAGCGACCUAGGAUAUGUUCCUGCAGUUCAAGGAGCAGAAGAAAUAGACAGUCUUGUAGAUGCUGACUUUCGAAUGGUGUUGCGAAAACUUUCUAAAAGAGAUGUCAUAACAAAAUUAAAAGCUACGCAGGAGUUUGGGGCGAUGUGCAAGGAAAGAGAAGCAGAGAUUGUUAAAGGUGUUCUUCCUUACUGGUCAAGAAUUUACUGUAAAAUCUCUCUUGAUAAUGACCGCCGUGUUCGAGAAGCAACACAACAAGCUUUUGAGCAACUUAUUCUUAAAGUAAAGAAACACUUGGCUCCUUACUUAAAAAGUAUCAUGGGAUACUGGCUGAUUGCUCAGUGUGAUACUUAUUCCCCUGCAGCGUCAGCAGCACAAGUAGCAUUUGUGAAAGCUUUCCCUUCAAGCAAACAAUCUGAAGCAUUGGUAUUUUGCAGAGAUGAAGUUUUGAAUGUGUUACAAGAUCAUCUUCUGAAAGAAACGGCUGAUACACUUAGUGACCCUCAAACAGUACCAGAGGAAGAAAGGGAAGCCAAAUUUUUUCGAAUUCUCACCUGUUCUCUAUUAGCCUUAAAGAAGUUGCUUUGCACGUUGCCGAAACAUGAGAACCAUUCACUUGAGGAGAAGCUAAUGCCACUUCUGUGUCAGCAGAAAUUUUGGAAAUACAGCAAGCACAGUGUACCACAGGUUCGCUCAGCAUUCUUUGAGCUGGUUUCUGCUCUUUGUCAGUACCUGCCUGAGUCGAUUAAACUUGAAGGACCACGUGUUUGUCCUGCAGUACUUCUGAGUAUUGAUGACAGUGAUGCAGUGGUGUGUCCAGCUCUUUGGGAAGCCAUACUUUAUAUUGUUGCUACCAUUGAGGACUGUUGGAGGCAUGUAAAUGCCAAAAAGGGAGUUCUGCCAAAGCUGUGGAUCAUGCUUCGAGAAGGUGGACGAGGUUUAGCUACUGUUAUAUAUCCCAAUCUCUUGCCAUUCAUUAGCAAGGUACCCCCUGGCAUUACGGAACCAAAGCUGGACUUCUAUAGAGCUUUUUUUAGCUCUAUAAUUCAAGGGUUGUCAAGUGAGCGAGCCAUAUCCAGCCAAUCGGAAUGUUCUGCAAUCAUCACUGCUUUUACGGAGUGUCUACGAUAUGCCAUGCUACAGAGCAUAGGUGAAGAAGAUGAGCAAAAACAGAUUCAAGAAAUGCUUAUAUAUGAUCAGCUAAUUCCUCUCAUUGAUGCUGUGUUUAAAGAAACCAGAUUACAAAAUGGUUCAUUGUUUUACCAAAUGGCAGACACGCUGAGCUCUUGGGAGAUGAAGGCGGAAACUUUAAAUGAUGAUGGCUCAGCUGAAGUUUUCCAGAGAGUAUUGUUGAAUUUUUGGGACAGUCUUUUAAAAUUGUGUGUUCUCCAUGUUGAUAUGGUGGUUGCUGAUGAGAAAUCUUUGGUUGCUAUAUCCUGCUUGUUACAAACUCUUCAUAAUCCAGAGAGCUCCAAAAAACCAAGCAAACGGAAAACUAUAAAAAUUAGAUUUACAGAUGAAGAUGAAUCUGAAAAGAACUCUGAGUGCAGGAAGCCUACUGAAGUGACAAGUAACAGUGAAUCUGAAAUUCUGGCUGACACGCCACACAUUUCACUUUUAAGAAAACAGUCGUUAGAAGAUUUGGUCUGUAGACUUGCUGAACUGAGUAUUGUAUACAUCAAUGAACAAACGUCUGAUCAGCACUUAAAAUUUCUCUCUGCUCUGCUUGGCUCCUUCUCUUCAAACAGAGUAUUUCAGGUACUGUUAGAAGAAGAAAACGAAAAUACCACUCAGGCGGUAUCCCACGAAAACGUAAAACCACAGCACGAAAACCCAUCCGUACAGUUUUUGCAUCAGAAAGUAAUAACUUGGUUAAAGGAAGACUGGAGGAAGGACACAGAUUUUCUGGUUGAUAUUUUGUGUAGCAUUCUGAAUUGUUGUAACAGUAGUACAGAGAGAAAAAGUAUUCUUGAUGAUUUGACUAAGAUGGAUCUGAAAUGGAACAUCUUUCUUCAAAUAAUUCAAAAGGCAUGCUCAAGCUCAGUUAAACACUUGCUAGUCUGUGACUGGCUGAAAGGGGACAUACUUGGAGAAAAGCUUGUAAUGUUAGCAGAUGAUCUGUGCUAUGUGGGAUUAAAAACCACUGCAGCCUUGUCAGAAUCAUACUCUUCAGAAAAGUGGACGCUCUUGAGCUUGGUGUUGUCACAACAUGUUAGGAAUGAGUUCUUGAUUGGUGAAAGUUAUGUUGAAAGGAUUAUUGAUAAUCUUCAAGCAGCUUUGUCUAAAGCUAGGGAUCUUUCUGAAGCUGGAAAUACUGAACCUUCGGUAUCUUUCAUCUGUGAUGUAGCCUCCAGCUUUUUCAGUUCUGUUAAAGGGUGCUUGCUGAUGCCAUCCUCAGAAGACUUGUUAUUCACUAUUUUUCAGUUGUGUGCACAGAGCCAGGAUACUACACACUUGCCAGAUUUGCUUGUGCGUAAAUUAAAGCAUACCUGGUUGUCUGGCAUGAAUUCACUUGUGCAUCAGCUGGGCCUUCUGCAGAAACAGAGCACCUUCUUGCAUAAAUCUGCGUUGUGGGUCAAGAAUCAAAUUCAGUUUUCCCCUUUGGACAUUAAAAGCCUUGAGGUGUUGAUUUCUGCAAUACAUGAUUUGCUGACUAAGCUACUAGAAACUGGUCAACUUUCUGGUUAUCUUGUGGGGGCAUAUAUUGGAUAUAUUACUCCAAACAUCUCUGAAUGGGAGAAGUUGAGAGAGUCUUUAUCCACUGAGUGGUUACACAGACCUCUUCUGGAAGGAAGACUGAGUAUGAAUCAUGAACAUUCAGGAGCAAAUGUUAAACUAUGUGAUACGGUUAAGCUUCCAAGCCAUCUGUGCACUGGAGCAUUAUUAAGUAAAAUAGUCCUGUUUGUCCUGGAAAAUGGGGUGGCUUUUGAAAAUCAUGAUGUUGAAAGAAAGAAAAUGGAUGGUAUAAUUGCAGAACUGCUGUACUCAUUGCAGUGGAUUGAAGAACUUGAGAAUCCUCCUUGCCUGCUCCUUGAAUUCCUUAAUAUGCUUCAAGUAAUGAAUAUUACAUAUGAGAAGUUAAGUGCACUUAGUAAUAAAAUCAACCUUCUGCAAAUAUUAUUUAACAGAUCAAAAGAGAGUGGAAGACUUUGGUCCUUAACCAUGGCUAAAUUAAUUAAGACAGACAGUAUUGCAGCCUGUCAGAUAAGAGAUCUAUAUAAGACGACUGAUGGGUUUUUCCCAUUAACUGAAGGCAACUUGCACUCAGUUCAGUCCCUGUCUCCAUUUUUACUUGAGGAUGAAAAGGAAGAACUUGUCAUUCAGUGCACUGCUAAACUUAUGGUAUGCAUGGAAACAGAGCUCUCCAGUACUGAUGGAGCAUUUGGAUUUCUUGCCAUUUUAAACUCCUGCUUGACUAAUGGGAACAUUGAUUGCCGAGGAUUAUUGUCUGGGAUACUAAAAAUAAUGAUAACUUGGAAAAAUGAUAAUGAGGACAUCUUCCUUUUUAGCUGCAAUCUGAAAAAAUCAAGUCCUCUGCUGCUUGGUUUCAAUAUAGAGGUGAUGCGUUACCUUCCUUUAGUGCUAAAACAUUCCACAACUCCGUUGGCAGACAAUGAAUGGGACUUCAUCCUGUGCUCCAUGAUGGCUUGGUUAGAGACAACAAGUGAAAACCAUUCACUUUAUCAAGUUCCACUUGUGCAAAUUUUUGCUUGUGUCAGCUGCGACUUGGCUUCGACCUUUAGCGCUUACUUCCAGGAAGCAACUCCUGAGGUUAUGGAAAAUCUACCGGUGAACCUGAUUUCUGAAUGGAAGGAAUUCUUUUCUGAAGGCAUUCACAACUUGCUUUUACCUUUAUUGGUAAAAGUCACAGGAGAAAACAAACUUGCAUCUGAAAAAUCCUUUCAGAACUCCAUACUGAUGUCCUUGGGUGAAGCUCUGACAUAUAUUUCAAAGGAUCAGUUGUUGAGCCACAAGCUGCCAGCCAAAUUUGUUGCUGGCCAGAAAACUAACCUCCCAGACAAACUCCAGACUUUGUUAAACACGUUAUCUCCAUUACUCCUCUUCCAAGCUAGGCCUGUACAAGUUGCUGUCUACCAUAUGUUAUAUAAGUUAAUGCCUGAGUUGCCAACAUUUGAUGAUGAAGAUCUCAAAUCAUAUGGUGAGGAAGAGGAAGAAUCAACUUUAUCACCACCUGCAGCUCUUAUGUCUGUUCUUGCCACUCAAGAGCUCUUACUAGAAAGCAUUCUAGAAAGUGUUCCGGUUGGAGAGUUUGCCAUGGUUCAACCACUGAGUGAUGAGUUCUGCCUUGUUUUAGGAUAUCUUCUCACAUGGAAAUUAGUAUUAACUUUUUUCAAGGCAGCUUCUUCCCAGCUGCGAGCUCUCUAUUCACAAUACCUUCGAAGAACUAAGAGUCUGAAUAAACUGCUUUAUCACCUGUUCAGGCUUAUGCCAGAAAACCCAGUCUUUUCAGGCCCAGCUUCGGAGGUUCCAAAUAAGGAAACUAAAACUUUUUUUACAGAAGAGGUUCAUUUGGAUGUCAAAGCAACAGGAGUACUGUCAUCUCAGAUUCCACACUUGGCCUGCUCUGUAUAUCACAUAACACUGAAGGACUUGCCUGCUAUGGUUAGACUUUGGUGGAACAGCUGCGAGAAACGUGUCUUCAAUGUUGUAGAUAAAUUUACAAGCAAAUAUGUCAGCAAUGUGCUUUCUUUACAAGAAAUAUCUUCUGUGCAGAGCAGCACGCAGUUAUUUAAUGGCAUGACGGUAAAAGCUCGGUCUGCCACACGAGAAGUCAUUGCUACCUAUUCAGUUGAUGAUAUAUUUAUUGAGUUGAUAAUACAACUUCCACCAAAUUACCCACUGGGCUCAAUAACAGUUGAGAGUGGAAAGAGGGUUGGUGUGGCUGUUCAGCAGUGGCGAAACUGGAUGCUACAAUUAAGCACGUACCUCACUCACCAGAACGGAAGCAUCAUGGAAGGUUUGGCUUUGUGGAAAAACAAUGUGGACAAACGUUUUGAGGGUGUUGAAGACUGCAUGAUCUGUUUCUCAGUUAUUCAUGGUUCCAACUAUUCUCUUCCCAAAAAAGCCUGCAGAACAUGCAAGAAAAAAUUCCAUUCGGCCUGUUUGUACAAAUGGUUCACAUCUAGCAACAAAUCCACCUGCCCGCUUUGUCGAGAGACCUUUUUUUGAAAUGCAGCACUGUCUUCAGUGGUUGACCAAAGUAGUAAAUGAGAAGGCAGUUGGAUCAAGAACUGUAUGUUGAAGGAAGCUAACAAGCUUUUUGAAAAUACUCUCUUAAAUUGUUUGGCGAAUAGAAUGAUCCACAUUUACCUCUGGACUGUUUUUGUAAAGCAAUUGAAAAUACUCCUUAGAUUGUAAAACAUAAGACUAAUUUAUUUUAACUUGUAUAUUUUUAAAAGGUUAAAAUAUUAAAAAAAAUACAUAUCUGACUUGAACACUAAGGAUUGUGCUGAAGUGCUGUUCAGUUGUAGCUUAGUUAAAUCUACAGUUUUAAGAACAAUCUUACAUACUGGUAUGCUCUUAAGUAAGAUGGUGCCUCUUAAUUUACAAGUUACCUUAUUCUUAAAUAGUGUGGCAAUCUGAAUUUUUGGUAGCAGUAAAAUUCAUUUUAUAAAUGCAACUCAUGACUGUGUGGGUGCAGCUGCUGCUACAUUACAGUGAAAGUAUGGGAUAAAAACAUCAUUGAUGAUUUCAUGGUAAAGCAUGAUCUGAAACGCAGUGUAAUCUAACCCCUCUAUAAAUUUCCCUUUGAAAGAAUAUUUUGACUUUUGGUAGUUGUUGAUGUCUCAAAAAGAGGAAAGGAAGCCAAGUUUACUAGGAAAAGUCCAUAAAGAACCCCCACAUGACUAUCGCAUUUUAGUGGACUGGCAACUGUGGGGUUUUUUGUGUUUUUUUUUUCAAGUGAAGAGGAAGGAUGCCUGCCAACUGUUGUGCUCUCAUUUGCAGAUUGCUUUGUCGACACCUGGUAGUCACUUACUGUUGAUGAAGUAUUAUUAUCUACUGACAUUCUCCAAUAAUUACAAGAAUUAGUUUUGUAACUAAGUUUAAUAAAUUUAUCAAAUUUAAAAAA